AUGAAACGUUGCAAUACACAAACGAAAACUCGUCCGAGUGUCUUGGAUCAUUGUUGGUCGUCAACAAACUGCGCAACAACUGAAGAAGCCAACGGUGACGAGAUGACUCGAAAACCCUUAGCAACGAACAUCAUUGUUAAUCGAACUGAAUGCCGAACAGAUGGUGCUCAGAACGAAUCGCAUUCAGUUGAAAGCCGCCCUCAAUGCAGCAUCGCGGAGAGAGCGUUCAAAAAACGAACGAAAAACAGUGUCGAUGAAGAGCUUUUAAUGUCUGAACGAAAAUAUCUGCAGCAAUAUUGUGUAUCGCCAAAGAAUCAACGACAUUCUCCACGAGUCAUCGUAAAAAAAUCCAAAGCUUCGAAACAUCCAAUCAAAUCUGUGCAAUUAUCUGUUAUAAAGAAAUGUGCGACUGGAAAGAAUUCACCGUCACCAAAACUUGAGCAACGGCGAAAGAAAUUUAUGCGUGCAAAUUGGGAUCAGUCAAGUCAGGAGUAUCUUACCGAGGAGUAUUCGUAUCGAAGAAGCGAUCAAGUCAUGUCUGAGUAUUGUGUUGAUGAAAAAGAAGGAUUCAUUGUAGAGAUCACCUAUGGACCAGGCAUUGUGCAAAAGUUACGAGAUAAAUUCGCUGAAAUGUCGAAUAUCGCAACGCAGAAUGUUCGUAUUUCUCCGCAUUCAAAGAGAAAACGAUUUCCAUCAGCAGACGAUAUUCUAUCUGACGAAGCCGAAAACCGUGAUCAAACACCCUAUCGGUCAGUCAAAUGA